AUGGCGUCCAAGGGUAUGUGGGAGGUUGAUCCCGAGACGCGGUCCAAGCUCGCCACUCUGCAAAAGGAAUCCAAGAACAAUAUUUGCUGCGACUGCAAUGCGCCAUCCCCGCAAUGGGCGUCUCCCAAAUUCGGUAUCUUUAUCUGCCUUUCAUGUGCCGGUGUGCAUAGAGGUCUCGGCGUCCACAUCUCCUUUGUCCGAAGUAUCUCUAUGGACGCCUUUAAAUCGAGCGAAAUUGAACGAAUGCGACUUGGCGGCAACGAGGGAUGGAGGAACUUUUUUGACGAGCACGAGCAGAACAAGAUGAUGGGCAUCACAUGGGAAGACUCGACUAUCGCGGAGCGAUACAGCGGUGAAGUUGGCGAGGAGUGGAAAGAGAGAUUGAGCUGCAAGGUUGAGGGCCGCGAAUAUGUUCCUGGCGCGAAGAAGCCUGCCGCCGCGCCCCAGAAGCCAGCAUCACGAACUGGAACGCCCAUGAGUGGCAGCACAAACCGCAAUGAGAGCCCUGCGGCAUCAAGAGGCAAGGUCAAAGUGGACGACCAAUAUUUCUCAAGACUUGGAGCCGAUAACGCUUCGCGACCCGACCAUCUGCCACCCAGUCAAGGAGGAAAAUAUGCUGGUUUUGGAAGUACACCUGGACCCAGCCAGUCAGACAAUGACCUCGGCUUUGGGGACUUUCAGAAAGAUGCCGUCGCGACUUUGACUAAAGGAUUUGGGUGGUUUACGUCAACCGUCUCAAAGACCGCCAAGACAGUGAACGAUGGCUACAUUCAGCCCACUGCUAAGCAGAUCGCCGAGGGUGACUUUGCCAAGCAAGCCCAAUUAACAGCUUCUGCCUUUGCAAAGCAGGCUCAAGCAGCAGGCAAGAAUGCUCAGGACGGCUUCAGCAGAUUCGUAGAGGGACCUGAUCAACAGAAGAGUCGGGAUGCUCCUUUGGAUGAGAGCAAGAAGAGUUUCUGGGACGAGUUCUCCAACUUGGCCGAUCAGAGACAACCUGCCAAUAACUCUAUCGGAACGAGUGCCAUGGGCAUGGGUAAGAAGAACGCGACAGCCCCUCCACCAAAGAAGCAGGAUGAUGCGUGGGAUGAUUGGAAAUAUCGAAAUCCCGACAUCGCUGGUUCGGCCGGCGAUUUUGUCACGUGGGCCGUCGGCCGAGGUUGGACUGAGACCGGCCCUAGCCGGUACCGCGCCGAGCUUUGCCAUGACGACUUGGCCGGCUUUUGUGAAUGUCUCGUCGCUCGACAACUUAGACCUCGCAUUGAACAGCAGCAGCACGACAUGUCAGCACUACGGAUUCUUGUCCCCGUGAAGCGGGUAAUCGACUAUGCUGUCAAGCCCCGAGUCAACAAGUCCCAGACGGGCGUCGAGAAAGCCGGCGUCAAGCACUCCAUGAACCCAUUCGAUGAACUCUCAGUCGAAGAGUCAGUGCGAAUCCGAGAGAAGAAGCGCGCCCCCGGUGGUGUCGAGGAUAUUUGCGUCAUCUCUGCAGGCCCACCCAAAGCGCAAGAUGUGCUACGAACAGCCAUGGCCAUGGGCGCAGACCGUGCCAUCCACGUUGAGCUCAAGGAGGGCGAGGAGAUCGAGCCCCUGACAGUGGCAAAGCUUCUCCAGAAGGCUGUGGAACAACAGAAGAGCAACCUGGUGGUCCUGGGUAAGCAGAGCAUCGACGACGAUGCCAACCAGACGGGUCAGAUGUUGGCGGGUCUCUUGGGAUGGCCACAGGCUACACAGGCGAGCAAGGUUGAAUUCGGCGCCAACGACGAAGUUACUGUUACAAAGGAGGUGGACGGUGGUGUCGAAACGGUGCGCGCCAAGCUGCCCAUGGUUAUCACCACGGAUCUCCGACUCAACGAGCCUCGAUACGCAAGUCUGCCCAACAUUAUGAAGGCCAAGAAGAAGAAUCUGCAAAAGACAAAGCUCGAGGACUUUGGAUUGGAUGGAGUGAAUCGUCUCAAGACACUCAAGGUUGUCGAGCCUCCCGCUCGACAGGGUGGUGGCAAGGUGGAGGAUGUUGGUGGCCUGGUUAGCAAGCUCAAGGAGCUUGGUGCUCUGUAA